AACAAGAGCAAGUGCGAGUCAAGGUCUUCGCGAUUACCUACUCGAAUAUUUAGCUAUAAUAUUCCAUUGCUAACUCGUGAUCGGUCAGAGAAUCAUGGAAACUCGCUUAAAAUAAUAUAAUUUUAUAGGAGCAAAUUAGUACUACUACUAACUCCUCAAUAGUUGACUCAUUCAAAUACCUAAUUGAUUUAUUUGUGCCUUCGCUUCGCCCAAAUUACAAUAGUAUAGUACUUAAAUUAAUGGGCUUCAUUACUCGUUAAUAACUUCGCGAAUUCGUAGUUCGUUUUGGUACCCAUAAGUAUGCGCAGUUCUUCAUAAGAUUAUAGAAGUUUCAAACUUUUAUUAUAUUUUUUAAGUGUUAGUUUCUUCGCACUCGCAGUAAAUCUAAACAUGUCUAUCAUAAGUAAAUGCUUGUUUACUAAGGGGUUAUCUAGUGUUAUUGGUGCGCAGAAUAUUCGAUCUCUCAGCAAUGCAGCCAAAUACGACGUAGUAGUCAUCGGCGGAGGCAUAGUUGGCGCCGCCUCGGCCCGAGAACUCCUCAUACGCUACCCCGACCUGAAGAUAGCCCUGUUGGAGAAGGAACACCGCUUCGCUCACCACCAGAGCGGCAAUAACAGUGGAGUCAUCCACGCCGGCAUCUACUAUAAACCUGGCUCGCUGAAGGCGAAGCUUUGCGUUGAAGGACACAGCUUAGCUUACGAGUAUUGCGAUAAAAAGAAAGUGCCAUAUUUAAAAUGCGGGAAAUUAAUCGUAGCCACAGAGCGAGCUGAAAUACCUAGGCUCCUAGAACUGUAUGAUAGAGGACAGAAAAAUGGAGUCAAAGAUUUGGAACUUAUGGACAGGAAACAAAUGAAAGAUAUCGAACCAAACUGUGACGGUUUACAAGGCAUCUGGUCUCCGCACACGGGCAUUAUCAGCUGGGGGGAAGUCACCCGAUCUUUCGUUGAGGAUUUCUUAGAGCGGGGCGGAAAGAAAUAUUUAAAUUUCGAAGUAAGGAAGUUCGCUGAAGCCGAGGAUAGCGAGUAUCCUGUGAUAAUUUCGGAUGAGAAAGGGCAAGAAGUGCGAGCAUCUUAUGUAUUAACAUGCUGCGGUUUACAUUCUGACACGAUCGCAGUUUUAACAGGCUGCCCUGAGGAGCCUAAAAUAGUCCCUUUCAGAGGCGAAUACUUGUAUAUAGUUAGAGAAAAGAGCGAUCUAGUGAAGUCUAAUAUAUACCCGGUGCCGGACCCGAGGUUCCCGUUCUUGGGAGUGCAUCUGACGCCGCGGAUGGACGGAAGGAUCAUCGUUGGACCUAAUGCAAUUCUAGCGUUUGCGAAAGAAGGAUACAAAUGGGGCGACAUAAACAUGAAAGAACUAAGAGAAAUCUUCAAGUUCCAAGGCUUCCGCCAAGUAGCUACCAAAUACGCGUGCUUCGGAGUGAAAGAGAUGGCACGAUCGUGGCUGAUGCCUCUCCAAGUAGCGCAGCUGAGGAAGUUCGUGGUGACUCUGUCUACCGCCGAUGUCGAGAGGGGACCGUCAGGCGUUAGAGCGCAGGCUAUGGGGAAAGACGGUACGUUGAUAGAGGAUUUCGUGUUUGACUCGCAGCCGGGCUCGGGCGCGGGCGUGGGCGCGCGCGUGCUGCACGUGCGCAACGCGCCCUCGCCCGGCGCCACCUCCUCGCUCGCCAUCGCGCGCAUGAUUGCCGACAAGAUGGCGGACCAGUUCCGACUAGCCGACAAUACUGACAGAGGCAGCUUAUAGAGAACGGGAAACGGGGCUCCGACCAAUUAAAUCGAAUGUCGUCAAUUAGCUCCAUGCAUGAAUUUAUUUUUAUUUUUGGAUUCAUAAUUUAUAUCGUUGGAACACCGGAAAUGAUAAAAAUACUUUUGUAAACCUUAACAUUAUUUUAUUAAAAAAUAUUUAAAAUGUUGAAAAUUUUUGAGCGGUUGAAACGCUCAUAAUUUUUGGCGCGAAUUCGACAGAACGUGAUGACGUCACACGUCGGGCGGCCCAACUGACGUUUGCUACUAAUGACACUAAUCUGUCGAACGCGUGACGUCACGUGGCGUUUCGAGCGUUUCGCUCACUAGCUUUUCGCGGGCAAAUUUUUGUACUUUUUAUUUAUAAUUUUAAGUGAUUAAAUGGUAAUUUAAAAACGGAAAUGCAUUUGUAACAUGAUAUAACGGUAACAAACAUCCGAAUAAAACAUAUUUCGUUCAAAUAUAAACUUCAUGCAUGAGGCUAAUUGCGCCCAUUUUUCUAAUCUAUCUAAUUACGUCUUCCGGCAAGACUCGAACUUCCAACCUUUCAGAUCAUUUAUUUUCCAUUUUUUUUGUAGUAUCGCUUUUGUUGUUAAUUGUAAAUUGUCGAUAUAACUUAAGACUCUGGUGCCGUUAAUAAAUCUUAUUUCAUAGACAUAAUUAGUCACCCGCGGUAAAUUAUUUGUGUUGUUGUGAGAACAUAUCAUACACAAUUACACACACACUUUUUUUUUUUAGGGCCUUUUUUUUUCUACUAGGUUUAAGAGAUAUGUUAUGUAUGGUGCUAAAUUUUAAUUCAAAAUACCUAAUUUA